UCGUCGUUGCUAAUUAUUUAGACAACACUGUAAGUGUACUUCUCGGAUAUGGCAAUGGUUCGUUUGCAAAUCAAACUACCUAUUCAACUGGUGGUUAUCCAUCUUCUGUAGCUGUUGGUGAUUUCAACAAUGACACUCGACUGGAUAUCGUCGUUGCUAAUUGGGGGAACAACACUGUGAGUGUACUUCUCGGAUAUGGCAAUGGUUCUUUUGCAAAUCAAACUACAUAUUCAACUGGCUCUCACCCAUCUUCUGUAGCUGUUGGUGAUUUCAACAAUGACACUCGACUGGAUAUCGUCGUUGCUAAUCAGUUCGGCAACACUGUAAGUGUACUUCUCGGAUAUGGUAAUGGUUCGUUUGCAGAUCAAAUGACUUAUUCAACUGGCUCUGGACCAUCUUCUGUAGCUGUUGGUGAUUUCAACAAUGAUACUCUAGUGGAUAUCGUUGUUACUAAUUCGGAUGACAACACUGUGAGCGUACUUCUCGGAUAUGGUAAUGGUUCUUUUGCAGAUCAAAUUACUUAUUCAACUGGUUUUUAUCCAUUUUCUGUAGCUCUUGGUGAUUUCAACAAUGACACUCGACUGGAUAUAGUCGUUGCUAAUUCAUGGGACAAUAGUAUAAGUGUACUUCUCGGAUAUGGCAAUGGUUCUUUUGCAAACAAAGUUGAAUAUUCAACUGGCAUUAAUCCAGUGUCUUUAGCUGUUGGUGAUUUCAACAAUGACACUCGACUAGAUAUCGUCGUUGCUAAUUAUCGUGACAACACUGUAAGUGUAUUGCUGCAUUAUAGCAAAGGAUCUUUAGGAAACGAAAUAACAUUUGCAUCUGGUGGUGGUUCUCGUCUACGAUAUGUUGCUGUCGAUGAUUUUAACAACGAUACGAUGUUAGAUCUUGUCGUCGUUAAUUAUGGCACUAAUGAUAUUGGGGUACUUCUUGGAAAUGGCAAUGGAUCAUUUUUAGAACAGAAAACCUUUUCAACAGGCUCAAAUCCAGAUUCACUUGCCAGAGGUGAUUUCAAUAAAGAUGGUUAUAAGGAUUUUGCUAUAGCUAAUUAUGGUAGCAAAAACAUUGAUAUGUUUGUUGGAAAUGGAAAGGGAACAUUUACACGUCAAGUAACUGAUGGAUCUAGCUUGUCUUUCGCUCCUGUAGUUGUUACUACUGGUGAUUUCAACAAUGAUGGACAAUCGGAAAUUAUUGUCGCUUAUGAUAAUAAUGAUAAUAUAGAUAUAUUUGUUGCAUUUGAUCCUGGUAAUUUUACAAAUCAACUGACGUAUUCAACUGGGAUGAGACCAUAUGCUGUAGCUGUUGGUGAUUUCAACAAUGAUACUCAACUAGAUAUCGUCGUCGCUAAUUAUGAUGACAGCACUGUAAGUGUACUUCUCGGAUAUGGCAAUGGUUCUUUUGCAAAUC